AUGUAUCAAAACUUUGGAUUAUAUGCGCUUAUCGCAGUUAUUUUGUUAAUAAAUGUAAAUUCUAUUGAAGUUAGUGAGAAGCCCUUAGAAAUCGGACUAGAAAUUCAAAAUGCGACGGUUUCUGAGAUAUCUCAAAAUAUUGACAAAGAAAGUUCAACUCAAGAAGGCAAAACGAAAAAUAUGACAAAAGACAACUUCAGUGAUGAAAAAUCAGAAUCCACAACAUCUUCAACUGUCACAACUCGUUUAGAUCCCGUCACAAAUUUAAUUACGAAAGUUAAUUAUAGUUCGGAAGCUUCCAGCAAAUCAUUAAAAGAUCUCUCCAAAUCUCAAGAUGCUAAAAUCUCAUCAACUAAUGUUGGAAUAACAAUUAACGAUAAAGUGAAGCAAGCAAUUAUCAACAGCAAGACGCAAGCUUUCAAAAAUCUCAACGACUUAAAUGGAAAUCUUCGAACAAAGGCCAAACAAGAUCAAGAUGCAAAAUCAGCUCACGUUCAUAACGACAUUACAAAUGAAAAACCAUCUGAAAAGGAAUUUUUGCCAUCACCGGAAGUCAGUUCAUUGUACACGCCACAAAAUGUACCUCAAGAUCAUUUUAGUCCAAUGAAUCAUUAUUAUCGACCAGUCAAACAUGAUGCACAGUUUCCAAUUGAACUUCCUGUUCCUAAGCAUACGAACACAAUGUUAGAUACAAGAUGGUUAGGUGCUGAUCAUCUCCCAGCAGAAGUCCACAAACCAACAGCAGAACGUUAUUCAUCACCACAACAAAGAAGUCCAAUUCGGAGUUUUCCUUUUUCUUUUCCAAGCAAUCAGUUAAAUCCGCCAUCUCAUCAGCCAUCACCAGCUCAUAACAAAGUUGUCUUUCCUGUUGAAGGAAGAACCACAAGUGGUGAAUCACAUUACCAAAGUCAUGCUCAUUCAACUGAUGCUAAUCAACCAUCAUGGUUACCGAAAAGCAUUUGGAAAUGGAUGUCUGGAGAUGAGAAAGCUUCAUCAAGACCACCAACACCACAUAGUUAUGAAACUAAAACUCUUGAUUCAGAUCUUGACAAUUGGAAGCCACCAAGCGAACUUCAUACUAACACACAUUUUCAUCAUUAUUGGAAUUCUCAUGAUCAUUCACCACCAUCGACACUUCCAGAAAGUUGGCCGACAGAUCAUGACAUCACAUUUAAACCUGAAGGAAAACAAGAAUCGGAUGGAAAAUCAGAUGAGAAAGAUGAAGAAGAAGGUGGAAAAUCUAAUGAAAAGAAACCUUAUUACAAUAAGCUGACAGUAAUUCCACCUUGGAUAAGUAUUUUAGGCAUGGCUGCAGCUGCAAUUCCAAUUGGUGCUCUCAGUUGA